UCAGCCGAGUGGAACUGCUGCGGCUGCCGGAGAGAUAGGCAGAGAGGCAGAGAGGCUGUGGUGAACAGACGCUGGGUCAGAGCGCUCAGUUGCUUCAGACAAUCACAGGGGAGCGAGAGACAGACAGGAAAAGAGACACAGAGAGAGACCACAUAGAAAGAUAGAUUGAAAAGAGAGAAAAGGGAGGGAGAGACAGGGGAGGGAGGUAAAUAUGUGACAGGAUGUGGUUUCCCUGAGCUUGCAGAACAUCGUUAUACAGGCAUACUUUGAGCAUGACCUAAACACACCGAGCUUACAAGUGUGUUUGAGCUCCGUUAGGUGGCAAGGGGGAAGACGAAGCAAACCGCUGGAGCUGCUGCUGCUGCUGAGUCUGUAGACGCUCUGGUUUCUCUGUUGCCUGCCGGAGGAUUGGGUUUCCUUUAAGCCAGCGAGCUCCACAACAACCUCAGUCAGUGUAUCGGACAGGAUCUCAGCCCGUCCUCCGUCCUGCUUCCAAGUAGAAUGCGUUUCUCUGCUGGAAGCUCUGAUCCAGUUGCUGCCUUCGUGUCCAAGCAGUGAACUUUUCAACGUGAUUUGUGAAACAGGGUCCGUGAACAGAGAGACAGACACACUGUGGAGCCAUGGGCUGCGGGCUGCGUAAGAUGAAGCCGAUGUCGGAGGAGAAUAGUCCGGGGAAGAUUUACUCCACCCUGAAGAGACCACAGGUGGAGACGAAGGUGGGCGUGGCCUACACCUACCGCUACCUGGAUUUCCUCAUUGGCAAAGAUGGUGGGACGUCCACGCUGCGUCUCUCGUCGGUGCGGGAGCUGCCCGACCAGCUGCAGGAGCUUUACCAGCAGGGUUUUGUUUUGGCAUCUUUUCACCCGUUCAUCCAGCCGUGUGGUCCAGAGUCCAACAGCCCGCAGCACCAGCUCUACCGGGCCAUACUGAUCCGACUCAACGACGGGGUGGAAAGGAGCCAGCCUAUCUGCCCGCCAUACAAACUACAGCUGGAAGAGUGUCUGUCUGCUGAGCAGGUGCCCACCGCAGAGCUCAUCCAGGGCUACGUCAAGAAGCAAAUCCAGGAUGCGGCUGACCAGGGGGUGAUGUUCGUGGGAUUUGUCCAGGAACCCUAUGGGGCCCCAUGCACCAGGAUCAGAGAACCAGACACCCCCUCCUUUUCCCUGCACUCCAGCCCCAGCUCUGUGCUCGGUUCCCUGGGCAGCUGUAGCCCCUCGAACCCCUCAAGCCCCAUUAACCACGCAGCAGCUGGAGCUGAAGCCGAUGCAGUGGACAAAGAGGCCAAUGAGGAGGCUUCAUGCGAGGCUGGGGAAGGAGCACCGGGUGGGGAGAAGAAUCAUGGUGAGAACACUGGGAACCAUUCAGGGAGCGGGGUGGAGGGCAGUCAGGGCAUGGUCUCGCCUGUGGCGUCUCCAAUACCAAAGGAAGAUCUGGAGCAGAGUGAGGAGCUGACGGAGGAGGAGUCACCGUGUCACAAUAACAACAAAGACAGAGAUGCAAAGGAGAGGCCAAGAUACCGCCUGCGGAGGGGUGACGGAGUGGAACUGCUCGCUUUGUACAACCACCCACCAGUCCGAGAGGGCCAGGUGAAGUACUACACUGUAAAGGUGCCACUGCGGGUUCAAAACUGUGAUGAGGGGGUCAAAGGCGUGGAGGCCAACUGGCUGGAUCACAUGACCCAUCACUUCAACAAUGGAGCCUCACUAGUCGAUGGAUACUUCCACCUGGGCAACGUGAACGAUAUGCUGCCUAAGUCGGUGGAAAGUGUCUUCAUCUUCCAGGAGGCGAGCGAGGGCGAGCCGAACGUGGCAACCCCGACAUACGAUGCCAUCGUGGUGGAGCAAUGGACUGUCAUUAAUGGUUUGCAGGUGAAGGCAGAUUAUGUUCCUCUGCUACAGUCCCUGGCCACGUAUGGAUGGAGGCUCACCUGUGUGCUGCCAACACCUGUAAUCAAGACUAACAGUGAUGGAAGUUUGUCCACCAAACAGAUUGUUUUCCUGCAGAGACCCGUCUUGGGCCGAAAGAGGAGGGAAUCAAAGAAAUUGAUCUUCAAGCCCCGAAGCAAGUCCAACAAGAACUGCAUCAAAGACACGGCAAAGAACAAGAAGAAGAAGAAAACAAAAACUGAGAAGGAUGCGGAGGAUCCUAAGAUUCUUGAUGACAGAGAAACGGUUGAGAAAGAGGAAGAGGAGAAGAGUAAGGAUGAAAAAGGGAACGCAACAGAUGUAGAGGCAGCAAGAGAAAGUGAGACCUCGAAAGAAAGGGAAAUGAGGUGUGAAGAAAAUAGAAUGAUUGAUGAUGGGAUUGAAAUCAGCAUAGAGACUGUUGAAAAGAAAGAUGGAGGAGCAGAGAGAGAGGACAAGGGAGCAGAAAGCCGCACAGAAGAAGAGGGAGAAGAAAAGAUAACACUGGAUGAAGAGGGAACAAAAGAGAACGGAGAGCCUUUCGAAAACGGAGAGGUCCAGGAAGCGACGGAAAUCGUUGUGACUGUCGAAACACAGAGCGAGACCAAAGAAAAGGAUGAGGGCGUAGCAGAAGUCGUAAUCGAAAACGGGGUCGAGACGGAUGAGGAGAAAGACAAGGGCGAAGAGAUUGCGAUCAAGCGCAAGACAGAAGAACCAGCAGGCGUGGAGGUCAAUGCCAAGGAGAUCGUGGCAGAUUCACAGGCUACGCCGACUAAUCAAAGCCCAGAGGAGACUCUGGAGUAACCCCAAGAAGUCCAAGUCAAGGUUUUUCCCCACCCUACCUCUCUAUUCCCCAUCUUAAGAACUGGUUCACAGUGUCGUCCCUGAUCCAAAUUAAAGGGGCUUCGAUCCCCAUCGCUGCAGCAUUCUCCAAACCUACCAUCUUUCAUAGACAAUUCCCCCGCAACCUGCCAUAUUGUAGCUACAGAGCGAUUUCAUGUAACUGCAGACAUCAGCCCUACUGUAUAACCACGCAUACUGAAUGUAUAUAUCCAUAACAGGAGAUGUUGUUGCAGAAUAAUGUGGAGACACUGGAAUAUCUGGAUGAGGAUCGACAGGGGGUUGAAUAUUUUGAACGAUGCCAUGAUCAGAUUGGGAGCGUUUUCCUGUUUCUUAAUUAAAAUGAGAAACAGUUUAAAGGCCUGGUCACAUCGG